AUGUCACCCACGCCUAUCACCUUCGUUCCGAUGAUCGAUUUCAGCGACCUACCAUCCGAAUUGGUGGUGCACAUCAUCGAUCUCGUCGAGGCGUCCUUCGUCGACAACGAGACAUUCCCUAUCUCGGACGGUCGCAAGGCGACGUUGCUCAGGUUCAGCCGUGUCUCGAGGGCAUGGAGGGCUCCCUCGCAAAUGGCGCUACAUCGCCGAGUGUUCUUGCAAAAUGACGCAGAGGUGAACUGCUUCCUCGCAUGUCCGAUCGCGGGCCGAUACCCAACUCGCUACUUGCAGCUCACCCACGUCUCGCCGACGUGGAUCAAUCUCGUACUCGACCAGCUUGUCGUCCGUGACACGAAUCGCGUAGCUUUGCACGGACUCAAAUUGAUUGAGGUGUCGGAGUUUCAUACUUGGAGUCUAUGCCAUCCUGCACUGCGAGGUGAGCUCGCACCAUGUAUUUUUGGGGUAAAUGGUCGUUGUGGCGUGCAAGUGACCCGAUCACUUGAUCCUCAUCCACACGAUCAUUGAACUGGCAGGACAAGGGGCUGAGGCGCAAUCCGUCUUGAGGUAGAAAUUGACGUCGUACUUAUACAACUAUGUUAAACUUCUUCCUUUCUCACUGUAGACCUCAAGAGCUUGCAGAUUAAUGGUCAUGGCAGAAGCCUCAUGGGUCGCUUGCCGAGGGACCUCCUCAAUCUGCCGCAUCUGCACUCGCUCGGCUUCGGCACGAGUAUCCCGCGCGAUCAACCCGGAGUCAUGGAGACGAUCAUCUCUGCGUGCCAAAAAACACUCAGACACAUCAGAGUGGAUUGCGGCUUACAAGCAGAAGAAUUAUCGCCGAUUUACCCCGGCCCUGGCACGCCGUCGCUGUGGGCCGAGUUGGACCUUGUUGCACCGUGCUUGUUGAGUGUGUCCUUCCAAGGCUUGAGCGAUGCACUUACGAAACCGUGCAAACGGUUCCUGGCCAACUGCUCGAAGUUGGUCGAAUUGGAGCUGGACGGUACUGCCUCGAUUGAGCCCACGCUUUGCGCCCUUUCAUCCGAUGCACGACUACGAAGACUCGCUGUCGGUCAACACAAUCGCGACACCCAAAAGGAUCUCGACCCCGGCCAAGCCCCCAAGACCGUUCUCCGCUUAAAAGGAACCUUGCCUCAGCUGUCCCAGUUGCGGAAGCUCGACUUGUUCGAACACACUCGAAUGACCGUUCGUCGACUGCAGCGCUCGGGGGAUAUGGAAUGGCUCAACGAUCUUCGACGAGAGCAGGUGGACGUUCAAUUUCCGGAACCCAUCAACGAACGCACUGCCGCACGUUCUGGCGUCAAAAAGUAA